UGUGAAGUGGGUGGAAUUAAUAGUGACAUCACUUCGCAUCAUCAUCAUCAUCGUACCGGAUAGCGCGUAUCCAAGAAAGAGUUGAGAAAACUUGAAGAACAUGAGCACGCACUCAAAGUGACUUACAAUCAGUUCAGAUCACAUUCAACUCACUUAAGAAGUUUAAGAGACCCCAAGUUGACAGAAGACGAUGAUCGCCUCUCAUUUACUGGCAUACUACUUCACUGAGCUUCAUCAUGACCACGUCCAGAAAGUGGAUAAGUACCUGUACCACAUGCGACUGUCUGAUGAGAACCUGAUGGAUGUCUCCAGGAGGUUCAGGAAAGAGAUGGAUAAAGGGCUAGGCAGAGACACUAACCCAACUGCAGCUGUCAAGAUGCUCCCCACCUUCGUCCGCUCCACACCUGAUGGCACAGAAACGGGUGACUUCCUUGCCCUGGACUUGGGUGGAACCAAUUUUCGGGUUCUGCUUGUCAGGGUGUCCAGUAAUGGGAAGCAAAAUGUGGAGAUGGAGAACCAGAUCUAUGCUAUUCCAGAGAACAUCAUGAGGGGCACUGGGACAGAGCUCUUCGAUCACAUAGCUGAAUGCUUGUCCAAUUUCCUUGAAAAAAUGGGCAUCAAAGAGAGGAAGCUGCCACUAGGCUUUACCUUUUCAUUUCCAUGCCAGCAGACCAAACUAGAUGAGAGUUUUCUGGUGUCAUGGACCAAAGGAUUUAAGGCGAGUGGAGUGGAGGGGAGAGAUGUUGUGGGCCUUUUGAGAAAAGCCAUCAAGAAGAGAGGGGACUUUGACAUUGACAUUGUUGCUGUGAUCAAUGACACCGUUGGCACCAUGAUGACCUGCGGCUAUGAUGACCAUAACUGUGAGAUUGGUCUCAUUGUUGGGACAGGCACCAAUGCGUGCUACAUGGAGGAGAUGCGGCACUUGGAGCUGGUGGAUGGUGACGAGGGUCGCAUGUGUGUGAACAUGGAGUGGGGUGCGUUCGGCGACGAUGGCACCCUGGAUGACCUCCGCACUGAAUUUGACAGAGAGAUUGAUGCUGGCUCCCUUAACCCCGGCAAACAACUAUUUGAGAAGAUGAUUAGUGGGAUGUACAUGGGGGAGCUGGUCAGACUCAUCCUGGUGAAAAUGGCCAAAGACGGUCUGCUGUUCCAGGGACACACCACUCCAGAUCUGCUCACCACUGGCCACUUCCAGACCUCCUUUGUCUCUGCCAUCGAAAAUAAAAAGAAUAACGAAGGUCUGGUGAGUGCAGAGCAGCUGUUGAGAGGACUCGGACUGGACCCGUCCCCUGAAGACUGUGUGGCCACACAGAGGGUGUGUCAGAUUGUGUCUACGCGUGCGGCCCAUCUCUGUGCUGCCACGCUGGCGGCUGUGCUACGGCAGAUCCGAGAUAACAAAGCCGCAGAGAAAUUGCGCACCACUAUCGGCGUUGAUGGAUCGGUCUACAAAAACCACCCACAGUUUGCCCGGCGACUGAAUAAAAUGGUUCGAUCAUUGGUGCCCGACUGCGACGUGCGUUUCAUGCGCUCUGAAGAUGGCAGCGGCAAGGGGGCUGCCAUGGUUACAGCUGUAGCAUACCGGCUGGCAAAGCAGCAUGCGGAACGUCAGUGUAUCCUGGACACCCUACGCCUCAAUCGGGAUCAGCUCCUGGAGGUGAAGAAAAGGAUGGAGGAUGAGAUGAACAGAGGCCUGGCUAAAAAAACACACUCUGUGGCCACUGUUAAAAUGCUUCCCACCUUUGUGCGUGCCACACCGGAUGGAACAGAGCGUGGUGACUUCUUGGCACUGGAUCUGGGCGGCACAAACUUCAGGGUGCUCUUGGUGCGCGUUCGAGGUGGGAAACGACGGAGUGUGGAGAUGCAUAAUAAGAUCUACACCAUCCCCCAAGACAUUACGCAGGGCACUGGCGAGGAGUUGUUUGAUCACAUAGUGCACUGUAUAGCUGACUUCUUGGAGUAUAUGGGUAUGAAGGGGGCAUCCCUGCCUCUUGGUUUCACCUUCUCGUUUCCCUGCCAUCAGACCCGACUCGACCAGGGUGUCCUGAUAAAGUGGACGAAAGGUUUCAAGGCCUCGGGGUGUGAGGGCGAGGAUGUGGCCACACUGCUGAAAGACGCCAUCCAUCGCAGUGAGGAAUUUGAUUUGGAUGUGGUUGCUGUGGUGAAUGACACUGUGGGGACGAUGAUGACGUGUGGGUACGAGGACCCACAAUGUGAAGUUGGACUUAUUGUCGGCACAGGGACUAACGCAUGCUACAUGGAGGAGAUGUCAAACGUUGAGCUGGUGGAUGGAGAUGAGGGUCGUAUGUGCAUGAACAUGGAGUGGGGAGCGUUCGGGGACAGUGGAGAGCUGGAUGACAUUUGCACAGAGUUUGAUCGAGCCGUGGAUGACCAGUCCACUUACCCUGGGAAACAGCGGUAUGAGAAGAUGAUCAGUGGGAUGUAUCUUGGAGAGAUUGUCAGAAACGUUCUCUUGGACUUCACUGCCAAAGGUCUGCUUUUCCGUGGCAAACUUUCAGAGAGACUGAAAACACGCGGUAUCUUCGAGACCAAGUUCCUGUCGCAGAUUGAAAGCGAUCGUUUGGCACUGAGGCAGGUCCGUUCCAUCUUGCAGCACUUGGGUUUGACCAGCAGUACGUGCGAUGACAGUAUUCUUGUGAAGGAGGUUUGCAGCGUGGUGUCCAAACGGGCAGCCCAGUUGUGUGGAGCCGGUCUGGCGGCCGUGGUGGACAAGAUACGGCGAAAUCGUGGCCUCGAGCAACUCAAUAUCACAGUAGGAGUGGACGGCACGCUCUACAAACUCCACCCACACUUUGCCACCAUCAUGCGGGAGACCUUAAGAGACCUGGCGCCCAACUGUGAGGUUACUCUCGUCCAAUCAGAAGAUGGGAGCGGAAAAGGUGCCGCCCUCAUCACGGCUGUGGCUUGUCGAUUAAGAGAUACAGGAAAGUAGUGACUGAACAGAAUAAUAUAAAGGGGAAAAGAUAAUGAGGAAGAAAGAAAAUUACGUACUGAGCUUCCAGAUUUUUUUUUUUUUUUUUUUUUUUUCUGUGCAAAAAUGUGACCUUACUGAAACAACACUCCUGUCUGUACAAGAAUGUAUUGUAUUUAUUUUUUUUAGUUUAGGUUAUUCAUUGCAAAUGCUUGGAAUGUGCCGGUGGGGGGUUGUUUGUCGAAAAGGGAAAAUCAAACAACAGAAGAAAAACAAAUAACUAGACUAGAUCCUCUUGCGGAUAUAUAUUUGUAUUGUUACUGAUUUGAAAAAAGCACAAUGAGAUUUUAUUCACCUUUUGACUUGUGAAUGGUGUCAUUUAUGUUUGUACCUAACUCCAGUGCAUGUGAUUAAAGGAAUAAUUCUGAGUGAA